CAGGAUCGUCCUUCCAUUCUCUUUGUUGUUUCGUUUCCAGCUUCGCCUCUCUGCCCGCUCACCCCACUACAUCAUUCAAGUUGUAUUGCUUUGGCUCGUUACAACAUCAAUUCUUGUAGAACAUUUGCUAGCCUUCAAUACCUCCCCGCAGUCAUGGCCUACCACGCUCACCCAUCUCCCCGAAGCCAUGCCAGCUCUCCAACGUUUCGCGAGCUUCUCAAUUCCCUCGAUGUCGACUUCUGUCUACACGGUCUCUCAGCAUCCAACAAGGCCAGGGUAUCUGAUGUAUAUUGCCCUCAAGUUCGACGCUCGACUGACCGGAAUUUCCCCGUGAGCCACCUCGACGUGGUGUCUUGCUGGAAGGGACUGUCCUAUCGCCAGGCAGCUGAGAUCGCGGUGUGGGAGACCAUGUUCAAGGACGCCAUCGAAAAUCAAGUUCGCGAUAUUGUCUUGCACGCCUUUGCCGAGCAGCUACGGGACUCCAACGAUUUUGUCAAUGAAUACUUCCUGGCGACUCGUCUUACAGAAUUCAUUUCUGAACGGAACCCGCGAUACAUUGACAUCGACAUCUCUGCACUUGUGCAUGAGAUGAUUGGUCGAUUCUACGACGCUGAAGCCAACCUCAACUACGGAUGGCUCAUAUCCUCACGUGACCUUCCCAGGACCAUUUGCUACUUUCUGAGAACCAGAGAUUGUUUUAUUGAUAGAUUUCCGCGGCCAAGCUUGGAGGUCAGCUUCACCUGCAGUUCAGUCAAGGGUAGCAUUUUGGUCUCUGGUGAAGUAACAUGGUUUCCGCCCGCUGUCGACUUCAUUAAUGUCCCCCUCAAACUUCCACCGGGAAAAGAGUACCGUAUUGUCCCUGAUUACAAGGAACCAUAUCUUGGGUCUGCAUUCCCUCCCCCGGCGCUUUAUCCUGUCUACUAUGUGGAACCAACGCCUCUAGGUUUGGAGUGGGACGACAACAUUCAAGGAUUUCGGGCAAUUGUACCUGACCGCGAAUCAUACGACGGUCGCGAAAGGCUGUUGGCUCUUUACAAUGGGAGCUCGAAAGGCUCUAGGGCGAUAGAAACGACUCUAUCUGCGGCUAUUACUAUGCAGUUCCCUUUUGGAGUUCGAUUCGAACAAACAACCCGAUAUUGCCUUAAAUUAGAGGUCACUCCAAGGACUCAGAAUCACGGUCUUGCCGACGUUCCAAAUCGCUUCUGGAGUCCCGAAAUCAAGAUUCCAUAUGCCCCUUAUUCUAGCCCUUCUAGCGACGACGCGGUCUCUGUGCAUUUAAGUCCUGAACAAGAAGAAACCCCCCAGAAGACCCCCCGAGUGAGUUCUUGGUUACCAUCUUACUCAAGCACCCCUUUAUCAAAAUGUGGACCUGUGCCAAAGCCAAGACUUGGGUCAUCGGCUUUGCCACUAAUGGUCAUGCGCGAGGUGGAUUCACCAGCACUAAAUGCCAUCACGCGACUAUCGGUCUCACGAAACAGUUCUCUGUGGUCGUGUGCCAACUUUACGGACGAGGUACUUAGCCAAGUCGAUGGGCUCAACCAAAACCGUCUUCCAGGGGAGGACGCUCACCUAUCUCAAAAGCUUUGUAGGCUUGAUUGUGCUGGCAAGACAAACGACGCCAAGGAGCUAGUCCUGUUAUGCCGCAAUGAGAGUCCGAUCUCGCCAAGAACAGCACGCCUGGAGGGGGAACUUGAAGCUAUCAUCAAUUGUACCACCAGCCGCAUGCCUACCCCUCCUGCGGAGUUGACAACCAAAACUACACGGACUAUUGGGAGUUAUCUAGAUAACUCCCACUGCUACCGUCUACCCGACUCGAAUGAGUGUGGCCGGAGAACAGUCACUGGAGACAGUAUCGACUGCUUCGACAGAUUACAGGAGGAUUUUCGUAUUGAUCCAUCCAUUUCAACGAAGCCAAAACAGUCCAACGAAACUAGUGAGCAGCAUCCAACCCAAGAUCAUUCCACAAAAGACCCCAAGAUUGCAAAACCCUACAGCGUGCUUCUCGGAAACAAGCCCAUGGGCGACUCCAAGUGGAAUUUCUGCAAAAAGCGCAAAGCGACCAAGCAAGCCUCUGCCGCCGCUUUAUUCGAGACGCCCGCUGCCUUCCAAAGCCAACGCCUCGCCCUCGAUCAAUUCGAACACAUGGAUCUCGAGCUCGCUGCGAAGCGCCAGCGGCUUAGUGACCGCAUUGACCCAAGCUUAUACUUUCUUCCGUGGGACACGGCAAUGGACGAUGCUGAUGGCGACGAUGAGUGGGAUGACGAGCUUGUGCCUGGUAUGGUGGAUGUUACGACAGGGAAGAUGGGGGAGGCUAGUCGCAGUGUUGCUUCGCCGAGGAACGACCACCCUGGAUGGUUUGAGACGGUGAUGGGUUCCGAAGACAACGAGAAAGAGCUCAUUCAUGCAAUCCCUAAUAAGUCACGGGCGUAUGCUGCGUCCGCCUCAGCGAGCAAAGUCAUGCCGGCUUUAAAGAAGAAGGGCAGUGUCAAGAGAAUGGUGUUCCAAGGCCGAAAGAAGGUUCAGAUAAAGAUUCCGCACCUGCCUGGCUCUCCGAAGGAGAAACCCAGUACCUCCACUGAGGGCUCUCCAGAGCCGGGCCUGAGCAUCGAAGCUCAUAUUAGCAAUCUCAGCGCCUCUGCUGCAAAUGGAUACACGCCCACAAAUAGUGCAGUGUAUGAAGUGUUAGCUUCUCCGUCGCCAUCAUCGAGUUUAGAUACCAAGGUUGGGCACGCUACAGACGAAUGCUCCGUGCUCAAUGAUGCUGUGCCUGCGAAGCUGGCUUCUCCUUCACUAUCGCGAUCACCGUCCCGUGCAGAUAGCAAGAUGGAAUACGAGCAGGCCAAGGAAACCUCGACUCUACUCGACCAAAAUGAAAUCCAAGCCAACUACUCGCGUUUCUUAGCCGAGAAAGAGGAGAAAAGCAAGGUUGCUAGUAUUAAUUUAGAUGGUGCAGAUGACGAAGCGAGGGCAUAUGAGAGAUUGUUUUUGGAGGAUAGCCAGGAGAGCGAGAUGGAUUGGGACACGGAAAGCGUGGGAGUUGGUACGAAUGCCAGUACAAGAGUUGUGAGUAGUGUGGGAAGGAGACAUGAUUCAAGAGUUGGUCUUAGUAUGGUGGAGGGUUUGAGGGAUAUGAUGGUCUGAGGUUUACAAUGACUAAGCUUAGAAUCUGCAGGUCGUGGAUGGAUGGGGUGAGACAAGUGAGUGGGUGUAUGGGGGUUAUUGAUACUGCCAGCUUGCUUUCAAUGGGGGCUAGUUCAUAGGUUUAGUGGGACGCAGAGGAGAUUUCUUCUUUUAGGCUAGAUGGGUUGAGUUGCAAUCAAACAUCUUCGCCCCUUCAAAGCCCACUCAGUUACUAAUCCCCCCGAUUUUAUCCGCCGUCCACUCUACAUCGUUUCGGUUCCUAUUCCCUCUUCUCCUCAUGCCUACAAUCGCUCUCUACCUCUCCUCUCUCAGGUGAAGAACAACUUACUCUACACAAACGAGUACACUAACUAAGAACGAG